AUGUCUCUCCGAUUUCCCAGUGGGUCCAGGCACGUUUACGUAUGGUCUGGAGCUGGAUCCGUCAGACCAUCCAGUGGAGGCUCAGGCUUUGCAGGCAGCAAUGCAUGUGGCAGCGCUGUUGCUGGAAGUGGAUUUCCCUGUGCCUUGGGAGGGGGCCUGGGCAAUGCUCCCGGGGGCAACCAUGCUGGCAGUGUCCUUGGAAACGCUGCUUGUGCUGGCUUUGCUGGAAGUGAAGGGGGACUUCUGUCUGGGAACGAGAAGGUGACCAUGCAGAAUCUUAACGACCGCUUAGCAUCCUACCUGGAAAAUGUGCGAGCUCUGGAGGAGGCAAAUGCUGAACUAGAGAGAAAAAUCAAGGGCUGGUAUGAUAAAUAUGGACCUGGAUCUUGCCGUGGACUUGAUCAUGACUAUAGCAGAUACCACCAAAUAAUUGAAGAACUUAAGAAUAAGGUUAUCUCUUCAACUAUUGCUAACGCUAACGUAAUUCUGCAUAUUGACAAUGCCAGACUGGCUGCUGAUGAUUUCCGGCUAAAGUACGAAAAUGAGCUCGCCCUUCACCAAAACACCGAGGCUGACAUCAACGGGCUGCGGCGAGUCCUGGACGAACUGACGCUCUGCAGGACCGACCAGGAGCUGCAGUACGAAUCCCUGAGCGAAGAGAUGAGGUACCUCAAGAAAAACCAUGAAGAGGAAAUGCAGACCCUGCAGUGCGCGGCGGGCGGGAACGUGAACGUGGAGAUGAACGCGGCGCCCGGGGUGGACCUCACGGUCCUGCUGAACAACAUGCGCACCGAGUAUGAAGACCUGGCCGAGCAGAACCGCAGGGACGCGGAGGCCUGGUUCAACGAGAAGAGCGCCACCCUGCAGCAGCAGAUCUCCGACCACGCGGGCGCGGCCACCUCGGCCAGGAGCGAGCUGACCGACAUGAAGCGCACCCUGCAGACCCUGGAGAUCGAACUGCAGUCGCUCCUGGCAAUGAAACACUCCCUGGAGUGCUCCCUGACCGAGACCGAGGGGAACUACUGCACGCAGCUCGCCCAGAUCCAGGCCCAGAUCGGGGCCCUGGAGGAACAGCUGCACCAGGUCCGAACCGAGACAGAGGGCCAGAAACUGGAGUACGAGCAGCUGCUGGACAUCAAGGUCCACCUGGAAAAGGAAAUUGACACCUACUGCCGCCUGAUAGAUGGAGACGGGAACUCAUGCUCCAAAUCAAAGGGCUUUGGAUCAGGAGGCUCAGGGAAUUCACCCAACGAGUUAUCCAAAACCACCCUGGUAAAGACAGUGGUUGAAGAGAUAGAUCAACGUGGUAAAGUUCUUUCAUCGAGAGUCCACUCCAUUGAAGAAAAGACAUCUAAAAGGACCACUGGUAAAACAGAACAAAGGGUUCCUUUCUAGCUGCCACUGAGAAAAGAACAGUUUGGGAGAGGAUUCUGCACCACUGCAUUAUUCUAAAUAUCAAAGAAAUAAUAACAACCCUUUCUACCCUUAAUGAUAAGUUACUUAGCAGAAAUAACCUGUCUUCUUAGUUAACUUUUACAGGAUGUUGGGUGUUUGUUUUCAAAUAAAUAAAAAUACGGAUGUGCGCUCGUUUCCAUUCACUCGUGACUAAUAAAUAAUUGUUCAAGA